AUGAAAUUUGAAUAUGCCCCGGAAGAGAUACCUGAGAAGGUUGUUAAGGUAUUAAAGAAGUUUUCCUUACACUCGAGUAAAGAUGGCCAUGACGAAGAUGUGGGAAAGGUGUUCGAAACCGUGCCUGAAAAGCUCAAGGAAGAUAUCGCUGCAAACCAACCAAUAACAAUGGUUUUGCCUGCCUUUCCAUGGAAGAAUCCAAACAAGGACAAAGUAAUUGGGGACGGUGCUGAUUUGGGGGAAGAGUUGGGGCUUGCAAAAUUGAAUCAUUUGUGCGAGGAGAUCUCAAAGGUCUAUCCUUACGGGGCAAGACUGAUUCUCAUAUGCGAUGGACCUGUGUAUAAUGACUUGGUUGGAGUGCCCGAUGACGAAUAUUACGAAUAUGGCAUUCAGUUGCGCAAAAUGGCUCGGGAAAAGCAGUUUUCUUCAAUCCAAUUCAUACGGCUUAUGGAUCUGCUCGGACUGGGCGAUGGAGAGAAAAUCUCCAAGCCAGAUUAUCUGCGUCUUGUUUCCACCUGCAGGAAGAAACUGAUGUCGUCUGCAUACUUCAAUCCGAAAUUUGACAUUGAGUAUGAAUUGAAGACAAAUCCGGAUACCAAGACAACAUACGAUAGCUACUUCAGGCGUAUCUCAGAGGAUCUAAAAUGGGCCAAGGGAUUUGACCCAGUCGUUGCAGGCGACCCGACGCUCUAUGCGAUGGAGGUAUCCAAGAUGGCGAAGACCAUGAUCAACCGACUCAUUGCAUACGAGGCCGUCAUUAACGCGACCCUGGGGAAACACAUUCGGCUUUCUAUCCACCCAUCUGUAGGUCGGAACAAAAUCUCCAUUCCUCUCCUGCGUCAAGGCGAAAUGUUUGGGGACAUGCCUUGGCAUGCCAGUGUGGUCGUGCUAUCAAAUGGGAGGUUCCAGACGGGAAAUUCGCAAGAUUUUCGAAAAUUGUACGAGAUCGUCAUGAAAAAUGGCCGGCCGUAUUAUUUCAGAGAGCGGAGCCCAUUGUAUGAAUGGACGGCAGAAGUGGAGUUUGACCACGAUUAUGAUGGCUUGAUCGUGAAGAACCCCCUUUCGAGAGCUCAAAUCCUGGGUAAGGAUGACCGCAUGAAGCUAGCUCGUCUAAUCAUUCAACAUCAAGAUAAAUCAGUUCGAGUGGAGGGGUUUGAGGUGCCAAAUGAUGCAUGA